CUCAUGACCUAUACAGUACACAUACACAAAUACCAACUGUGCAAUUUACGACUGCAGCGCGACACUUUUCGUACGUAUGAGAUUACUUUAUGGCAGUUUCCAGCAUGGAGACCUCAUUGCAAAAGGUGGUUGUAAAUAAUAAUACUCAGUUGUCUAGUUCAGCUUUGAACGGAGAGGUAUGUGUUCCUACGCCCAUUACCAGUCUUAUUCCAUCUUUUGCAGACGCAUGUUCUCUCUUAAAAUCGCGGUAUUCUUGCUUAGUAGUGGAUAAACGCAGAAGACAUAUAGCACUUUCUCCCAUGUAUCUCAAGAAGAAAAAAAGUGGUAUUGAGGAACAGCUCAAUGCUGAGUUACUGAGGUAUUCCGAAAGAUUAAAGGGUGUGCCACUUGCUUAUGAAAAUAUCAGAAUUAUCGGAGAAUUGGGAGACAUACUUGAUGACCAAGGAUAUGUCCAUCUAAACAUUGAAGCAGACUUUAUCAUCUUCUGCCCUAAAAAGGGGAAGAAACUUGUGGGUGUUAUUAACAAAGUUGCUCCUAGCCACAUAGGCUGUCUGGUCCAUGGGUGUUUCAAUGCUUCCAUACCAAAGCCUUAUAAUGUCACCCCUGCAGCUUGGCAGGGUAUGGGCUUUAAAGUGGGAGAUCAGCUGGAGUUUGAAGUGUUUAAUAUGGACGCUGAUGCUGCUGGUGUGUUUUGUAUUCGGGGAAGACUGAACACAGAUAGAACUGAUGUUCACACAUUAAAUGUGGAGGAACAAUCCAUUGAUGUAAAUUGUAAUGUAGAAGUACAGCUGGACACGAGACAACAACAAACGAAAAGUGAUACUGAAGUGUCCUCUUUGGAAGCCAUAGAGGCUGUAGACACUAGCAAACUGGAUGCAGAAGCAUCUGAUAGGGAUAGUAUAACUAAACAGAUGGGUAAAGCCAGCAAGAAGAAAAAGAAAAAGAGGAGGCAUCUAGAAGCCAGCUCACUAGUAGAAAUCCAUGGGAUGGCCAUUGAUGCUGAACAGGUGGAUAAAUCCAGGAAGAAGAAAAAGAAGCAGAGUAUUCCUGAAGCAGACUCACUGGUAAAAAUCCAUGAGACAGACUUUGCUGAGUACCAUAAUGAACAAAAAGUUUCCAAGAAAAAGAAGCGAAAACAUUCAGAUGUUGAAUACCAUAAUGAACAAAAAGUUUCCAAGAAAAAGAAGCGAAAACAUUCAGAUGUUGAAACUGAAUGUGAUGACUUGACAUUAGAACCCAGAAUUAAAAAGAAGAAACAGGCUGAAAAUUCUUAGCUACUCGUAUUUAUUUAUAUGGACUACACAUAUGUGCCUUUUCAACUGCAACUAUUAAUUCAUGAUCAUGGAAAGAAGAAGAAAAUGUGAAUGUAAACUGUUUUUCUUACAGCAAAUUAAAUAUUUUUUUAAUGGAAGCA